AUGUCCUUCGAGAGGAUCUCACAUAACAUGAAUCUUAGUAUUCAUAAAAUCAUAAAUGCAAGAUAUAGCGCCCCAAGCAAAGGCAAUGAUGAAUGCAAACCCGUGUUCAAAAAAAGAAGGUGCACUAUUGCACAUGGAAGUGAAAAUAACACAUAUCAGAGGAAUCAUAUAGAUUAUUUAAAUUAUAAUUUUAAUAAUGCAUUUACAAAGCGAAGGAAAUAUUCUUCUCCAUAUGCUUUAUCCUAUAAGCAUAAAAAAUUUACACCACUUAAAAGUAGAACGCAACUUCGAAACAGUGUAGAUGAAACCAUUAAAAAGAGCGUUGCUUUAAGAUCGAUUGUAAAUAAAACUAUUAAAAAAAAAAGAUCCGAAAUUUAUGAACAUGAUGAAAAAAAUUAUUUAAAUAUGCAUAAGACGUAUUAUCUUAACAAACCUCAAGGUACAGACACCCUUGACGAGUUAGUCGAAGCGAACCAAUUGCAUAACCAACAUCAAAACCUCAAUGAAACAUAUAUCAUGAGUAACACAAUGCAAAGCGAAAAUUAUAAUGGAGAUGGAAAAAAAAAGGAAUCAUCCUGCUUGAAGAAAAAUGAAGAAGGAAAAAAUGCUUUCAGAGAUACACUUCCAUUAUAUGUAAAUUCUGAGUCAACAAUUUCAAGCUUCAAUUUAGAACGUGAAUUGGAUAAUAAAAUGUACACAGCAGGUAUUGCUCAAGCCGGAAAUACAGCAUCAGGUGCACUACGUACGCAUCUCGAGUCGGAUAUGUUAAAAAAUACAUACAUGCAUAAAUCGAACAGCAGCACGAUAGAUGAAGAGACGACACACCACGACCACCAUCAGCAUCACGCAUUGUAUUACAAAGAUCACCACGGACCUCGUUAUUACGACCCAUCUUCUAUUCAUCACACAGGAAAAAAUGAUUAUGAAUCAAAAAAAGAAAUCAGUAGCCAUCCUCUUAAAAGAAGACACAGCACUCAGUUUUCGAAGGAAUAUGAAAAGCACAAUUAUUCCGACUCGUAUUUUUUCAAUAAAAAAUUUAAAGAGGAAGAUAAAAAUCAAAAAGGCAGUACGCGUAGACAUAGUGAUGCCAUUAGAUGUAAGCCAUUAAAUGGACCUUAUUACAGUAGUGUUGUUACAAAUAAGUUAAAUGCAUAUUCUCAUAAAAACCAAUCACUCCUGUGUGAUUAUAACACUCCAGGUUUGGAAGAAUCACACAAUACAGACAUGAAUGAAUCCCUUUCAGAAAAGGAUUCUGUCAAUCCUCUUUUUCACACAUGUUUUUUAAAAAAUUCAGAAGAAUUUGAGAAUGGCGAUAUAAAGCGUAAAGAUAAAAUCGAACCGCUGAACCCAGAGGAAGAAGACGAUUCUGUCCUGAAGAACGACGCAGAGUAUCUAUUCAGCAAAGGAUUUUUUAAAGACAUAUAUUCAAACAUACAAAGAAAGGGAGAACUGAAUUUUAUAGACGAACUGUUAGAAGCAGAUGAUGAAUACUACAUUAGCAAAAGUAAAUUAAAUAAAAUAAUUGAAAAUGCAAAAAACAAGGAAAUGAAAUAUCAUUACAUUGAUAGAAUGUUUUUGUAUAGACAUGCAAAAAAUGUAAUAGAUGAUGCAGAUUAUGAAACUUACAAGAGUAAAUGCAGAGCUCAGUAUAAAUACUUAGAUGUCCCUUAUCCAAAUUUAGCUGAAAUUAUGAAUCUAAAAUCUGUUGGUGUUUUUGAUGAAAUUGAUGAUACAGAUGAAUUCUACCAUGCCGAAGUGAAGCUACUUGAAAGGUAUUAUUACAAAUCCAGUAAACAGCAAGAAGCAGAGGGGCUACAAAACCAUGACAGAGAGCAGAUGCAGCAUCCGCAACAACAGAAGGAAAAGAAGAAGAAUAAGACGAAUAAGGAGAAGGAAGAGUCAAACAUAACGAAAAAGAGAAAGGAAGAAAUAGACGAGGGAGAAAUUGACGAGAAAGAAAAAGGCAUAGAAGAAAUAGACGAGAAAAAAAACAGAAUGGACAAAGGAGGAAAAUCAAUCGUAGAGGAAAGAAAACAAAAGGAUGAAACAAUAAAUGGCAUAGAAGAAUGUGGCGAGGAAAAACAGAAACAAGAUAAACGCAAUAGUGAUGACAUACCGACAGAUAAUGAGAUGAGAAUCGAAAACAGAUUAAUCUUAUCAAAGAGAAACAUACCCUUUAAUGAAAGAAAUUUUAAUGAAUAUUUAUCUGACUCUGAAAAGAGGGAUAAAUUAAUCUUCCUCAUGAAUAAAAUAAAGAGAGAAAAGGAAUCCUUUUUCGAACAAAUUUUAGAUGCACCAGAUUUUUCAAAAAUAUUAGAACCUGUUUUUUCGCUAAAUGAAAGUUUUCUUCUAUCACAUCAGUUAUUUAAUGUUCAAUAUGCAGCACAGUUAGGACCUGUCGUGUAUCUUAUAAAAACGGAAGAUGAAAAUUAUGUGUAUAGAGCAAUUGAAGUUAGUAGACUAUUUGAGGAAAAGGUCAAAUCUAUUCUUGACAAUCAAAAAGCAAAUGCAAAUUCUAAGGAUAGGAACGAUUGUUAUGACGAGUUCUCGAAUGAAAAAUUUCCAUUCCUACAUGAGCUAGAUGUAAAAUAUUACCUACGCAUACCCAUGAGCACGGGAUGGAACCACUUUGGUUAUUUGAAAAAUCAAAAUAAUGUUCUCUUUUUCAGAAGACGAAAGAACACUUAA